GUCUAGAUAUUUCACAAAUUGGAGAUAUCAGAACAAACAGCCUUACAUGUAAGUAAAUUCUGAUGAAUAAGUAACAAAAUCAAGUGAAGAAGUUGCAUGGACAUGCACAUCAAUCUUAAAAUAAAAAGGUUGAGUUAGCUCGCAGAAAAACUAUAGAUUUCUAGACUGCCUUCAAUUUUGUUGGCCGUUGUGACUGUUCCUAAGAAAUCAACUCUAAUUAUCGUUAGAUAACUCAGGACGUAGAACCGGACAGCCAGAAGCAUGUGUAAAAGGAUGGGGCCAUUUUGGAAAACGAAUAUGAUACAUGUUAUGUUUCCUAUCGCCUUUGUUCUGAUCAUUGUUCCCGAAAAAAGCGCCUUUGUCCUGUUUCCAAGCCUACAAGAACCUCCAACUUUCUCGCUUGUGCCCGAGCUGCUGGGACCAGGUACAAGGCAGGUGGUAGAACCGACUCUACGCCACGACACAGUAUUUAAUCUUCUUAUGUUCCUGGCACAACAUGGUGCACUGAACGUUAACAUUUCAUCCACACAAACACUUGGCAAAGAUCUGGUAAUCAGAGCGGACAGGUCACGGGCAAAUGUUGUCUCCUUGAAGAACAACGAUGUUGUCAUGACGACCGAAGCGACCAGUCUAAAGCUGCAAAAGACGGUAACUUUGGACAGGAACGCCACGGAAACAGCAAAAAUAGAGGAGGUGGAAGAGGAAACAGAGCCAGCAAGUGAGCCACUACUACCCUUUACUACAACCAGUACUGUUACCACGACGAAUGUAGGAAGCAGUUUGGGUCCAAGACCAAGAAACGGGACUGCCAAUUUAACGGAAUUUCAAGGUGAAAGGUCGACGGUAGGCACGACUCUAACAACGAGCGUGUCUUUCUCUACCGAGGAUCCAGAGGAGAAAGAAGAGGAUGAAGGGGAGGAAGAAGAAGAAGAGGCGGAGGAAGAAGGCGACCUUAACCCGAGUGAGUCAGCCACACCGAUGAACGAGACAGAGGAAGAAGCAGACGGAACGAAUCUCGAGCAGAACUUCGAACAUACCACCGAGAAGCCGGAAGUCGGGGAAGUCAGAUCACUUACAGUUGGAGAAGCAGAAGAGUCAGAUGAGGACAAGGAGAAGCCAGGGGAGACUCCAUUCGUUUCUUUAUCUUUCGGGAGACUUGAGUGCAUUUUGAUGGAGGGUCGCUGCGUACGCUCGUGCUCGGACACCGAUGACAUCAUUCCGGGUGUUGCUUGUGGAUCCGACACGGAAGGUCACGACCUCGUAUGCUGCGACGACUGAUGGCUACUCUCUGGGGAGGUUUCUUUAUUUCACAUAAAAAAAAAGACACUAUGAUAUGAGGCUAGACGCUGGGGUGCGGUAGCAUAUUCAGCUGGCCCCGUAAGCAGGGAGCACCGAUAGCGCCGCUAAAGGUACGAUAUCCCUUUCGUCACGAUAGCGCGGGAAAAUUCGCAUGCAGGGACCGCCGAUAGCCGGCUAUCGUAGCUCUACGGCUAAUGGAGCCUCACCCCUCCGUUAGCUCGCUAUCGUACCGAAAGCACAAGAUGGCGGACUGGAGGUUCGGGGACCGUAUUCGACGCUGUUUGCGCCGCGAACGUGUUUUUCGGGACAGGAAUCCUCCCGUGGACCGGUACAACGACCAAGAACUUUACCAGAAAUGUAAAUUUAGAAGACACGAUGGUUUAGAACUGACAAAUGACAUUGCAGCAGCAAUCGAAUCCUCGAAUCGACGUGCGUCGCUUUCUCCACUGUUACAGGUACUGAAUAAAUCAGUUAUUAAUCUGCUGAUAAAACUUGUUCAGCUUGUUGUCUAUUUGAUUUUAGCCAUGAUUAGUUGCUUUUUAAAUGAUAUUUUAAAUUUGAAAAAUGCAAAAUUAACAUCCUAGCUUAGGUAUUGUGCAGACUAACAUGACUGUAAUGUGACAGUCAAACCUCCUAGUUUUUGACAUAGGAUUUGCAUUGUGUGAGAGAGUUUGUGUGUGUUGAGGCUUUGUAGUGUAACCCAAAAAUUUUUAGUUUGCACUGCUAAA